ACAAUCAUUAUUUCACAAAAACUUUUAAUCCCUGACAUCCUCAGUAUUUCAUUUUAAAUCCGAUUGGGAACUGAUUUCCCAAAUGGUUUAUUCAGCGAGUGUUGCGGUUGCGCUGGUAUAAAAGUUUAAGAGCGCAUUAAAGUCACCUCAGUUGUGCUUAACCAGUAGCCGCAAAAGCCAAAGCUGUCGUUUUUCCAGACAAAAGACAAAAUAUUUUAACAUACGGCUUACGUGUAUAAAAGAAGUAAUAAUAAUGUAUCCAAAUAUUUUCAACAAAUUGUUUUUAUUGCUGCCACUUGCGUAUCGGCCUCCAACAAAUGAUGAUGAUAGGUUACCGAACGCAGAUUGGAACUUUGUUGAAAACGGUGCAGAUUGGGAAGGCACAUGCGCGACAGGUCUUAGACAGGCACCUAUUAAGCUAUCUGUGGAUAGUUCGCUCAUCGCGCCGCUACCACGAAUUUUGUUUGAAAAUUAUGACGAAAAGCUCAAUAGUCCGCUGACACUGAUUAACAAAGGCUACACAGUUAAAAUGGCCAUACCGGCAACAAGGAAUGGAAGGAAGCCUUUCAUUACAGGCGGGCUACUCAAGGGGAAAUAUGUAGCCGAUGGCGUUCAUUUCCAUUGGGGAUCGCCCGAAUCACGUGGAGCUGAGCAUCUGAUAGAAAGGACACGCCAUGAUGUGGAAAUGCAUAUUGUGCAUCGGAAUUUGCGCUACAAGGACAUGGCUGAAGCUAUACAUCACGCCGAUGGCAUAGCGGUACUGGGUAUUAUGUUUAAGAUAGUCAAAAAUCCGGCUCGCGUGUAUCCGGGCCUAAAAAAAAUAUUUACAGCCCUACCAAACAUAGUCGAAUAUCAUGGCGAGACUGAGCUGCUUGGACCUCUUACCCUCGGCCAGUUGUUGGGUGAUUUGAAUACGCAUCACUUUUACACCUACAAGGGCUCGUUGACUACACCUGGUUGCAACGAGGCUGUUAUUUGGACGGUGUUUGCUCGCCCUUUGCCCAUACCGUUGUCGGAUAUACAUAAUUUAUGGCAGCUCCAGGACUCAAAUGGAAAUCCUAUACGAAAUAACUAUCGUGAACUGCAACCGCGCAACAAUCGGCAUGUUUUCUACCGCGCCAAUAAAGACGUGAAUGACUUCUACCUUGGCUAGUAAGCUCGGUCCAUGGAUUGUUAUUA